UCCUACCUAGAGUUCUGAGGCAUGGGGAGAAGAGGGGAGGGGAGGGAAGGGUAUGCUGCCUGGAAACUGUCUCCUCCAGACCCAUCUGUCCUCACCCAGCUGAAACCAUGCCCUCCCUGGGGACCAUCUGCAGCCUGCUGCUCCUCAGUGUGCUCUGGGUAGACUUGGCCAUGGCAGGCUCCAGCUUCCUGAGUCCCGAACACCAGAAAGUGCAGCAGAGAAAGGAAUCCAAGAAGCCACCGGUCAAACUACAACCCCGAGAGCUGAAAGGCUGGCUCCGCCCAGAAGAUGGAAGUCAGGCGGAAGCGGCAGAGGAUGAGCUGAAAAUCCGGUUCAACACCCCCUUUGAUGUUGGAAUCAAGCUGUCAGGGGCUCAGGACCGCCGGCCUGGUCAGGUCCUGGAGAAGUUUCUUCAGGACGUCCUUUGGGAAGAGGCCAGUGGUAAGUCCUUGCUCAAGUCAAGUCAAUUCAGUUUCCUUGAAGUCCCAAAUGUCAGCCUACAUACACUAUGAGUGACACAAAAGUUUUCUUUCCCCAUCCCACCUCUUAAAAAGAGCAUCUAAUUCCUUAUUCCCAAAUAUCAGCAGGAGAGUGGCUCAGAGCAAGUUGAGCAGUCUUUGUAUUUGAAGAGUGCACUAUGUUCUAAGAACUAGCACAUAAACUAGCUGUGGGGCCCCAGUGAACUCCAAUUUCCUUAACCAUAAAGUGGAGCUAACGACCAUUGUGAGUAUAAAAUUAUUUGGCUUAAAGCACCUUUACUGUAUCUUUAUUUAAUAAACAAAAGAAAUUAGUGUGAAAUCAUGUUCAGAAUGUGCUCUUUCAGAAUAGGUUCUGCAGCUAGUGAAGUUUUUUUGGUUGUUUUGAAUCCCUUCUUGCCUUGUAUAAAGAUACCACCCAACUUUUUCCUGAUUGAGGAGGCAAACACCUGCCUUUGGAAGCAAACUAUAAUAUGCAAAGCACUUCCUGCACAAACAUGGCAUCACCCCCACCACACCUACCACGUGACAUAGGUGGAGAUUAGUGCUCGGCCUAUGGUGCAGAUAAGGAGACCAAGACUCAGAGAAAGUCUGCUCAAGUCACACAGUACACACUCCAAGUCAGUGCUUCCUUCCCAUUACAACAUACCCCCUCUGAUGUCACCAUUGUGGAAGAAAAGCCAUUUUGAAUGGCACUGGCCAGACAGCAGACUCAGAAUUUUGACUUGGCCUCUUGUUUUUCAGAGGUUCUGGCAGACAAGUGACCAUCCACAAGACCAGAUCACCUUUGGUUUCCUCCCAUCCUUAGAAGAGCUCACCUGGCUUUUAGAUUGCUUCUACAACUCUCAGCUUUGAGUGAUACAAGCUUAGGAGCUGAAUAAAUGUUCAAACUGUGUGCCAAAUAUUCAAAUUAGAAUUAUUUCACCAAAGAGGGAAAUUUCACAUUUCACUGGGGGGGCGGGGGGGGGGGACCACCUUGGUCUAUGGGAAGAGGAAAAAAAGAUGUGUAGCAAAGCAGGUGUGUGAAUGCUUAGAAAACCCAACUAGACCAACUCAUACAAGCAGAUAGGUAAUUGGGGGAUGUGUGGCAGGAGGAGGAAGGGAGAGGGGAGGGGGGAGAGGCGGGAGAGAGGGAGAGGGGAAAGGAGGAAGGAAGAAGACACUGUUCCUUUAAAUAUCAGGGAUUCUUGAGUGCAUCAAAGUUGCAUUGAGAGUUUAUCAACAAGGACUGUGUGGGCAAAGAAACUGCGGGUAACAUUAUCAGACCUAACCACCAUUGAAUUAACAUUCAAGAUCAGAACGGGAUGCUGGGAAUGCCAAAGCAUGAGUUUGAAGUUGUAAGUAGAGUGCUAACAAUGGCUAAUUGCCACUGCUGAGCAGGGCUGAAAUAACUACUUGUCCACUACUGAGGAGACCUGGCAAAGCAGAUGCUGUCUCAUGUGGGCAAGGCUGGCCAUUGCCUUUGUUACUUCAUUGAUACCAGGUAGGUUCCCAAGACAUUUCCAACUCCAGCUCAGCCGAAAUGAGCCUUGAUCCUUAAAUUCCACAACUUAAUUCCAGUGAACCCACUUCUCCUGGGAAGAAUAUCAUUUAUCAGUCAUUUACACUUUAGUGUGAAUAUGUGAACUGAUUUCUGAGAGCUGAUGAUGAUGGAUUGGCGAAUCACUAAGGGGAGAAAAAGGCAAAUGAAAAAACUCCAAAGAGAAGCAGUAAACCUGCCCGGUCAGACAUAUGAAUGCCUAUUAGAAAUAUAUAGGACACCCCUCUGCAGAGAGUUGGUGAUAUCCACAGUCUGGAAAAAACCAUCACAGAGGGCUCAAGGAUCCAAGCAUCUUCUCAAGCAAAAUUCUGGCCACCUGGCACUCAAGGUACAGCCCUACAAGCACUAACCACUGAUCAGACUUAACAGGCACACCAAAACCUAAGAGCCAACCCUCGAGGAACUGCAUGUAGUCGGUGGAAUGUCACCAUCAACCGGGAACCUCUUAGAAAUGCAGAAUCUUGGAGCCCACUAUAUCAGGAUCUGCAUUUUAACAAAUCCCCAGGCUAUUAAAUGGCUGAUAAAAAGUGGCCUGGAGGGAUCUGGGUCCUACUCUGGCAGCUCAGCACACCGCAGAGCCAGAUUGCCCCACCUGGCAUAGAACAGUUAUUGACUUUCAUAAAACUUACAAAAUUCAGACCUGGCCACGUGGGGCACUCAACAAAACUGCAAACACAUGAAAAAGUUGUCCUGUUUCUUCUCUCACUUACCUUCUUCCCAUCGCUCUAGUCCCAGCUGUUGAGUCCAUGUCCAUCUGUUGGGCAGACGGCAAACACACACACACACACACACACACACACUUCCGUUUUGCAGAUAACUACAGACACCUGACUAUAUGACUAUACAGUGACUUAGUUCACUGAGUCCUUGCUUCUGAAAGCAUCUGCCUCUAAGCCUCCGUAAUGAUUGUAGAUUGAACUGUAUUAUCACCAUUAAGGAAUUUAAGGUAUUGGAGAGCAGGUGAAAACCAAGUUGGGGAAGUGGGAGAAAGCAGCAGCAGAGGGAAAUGACCUUCUUCAGCCCCCAGAUAGCCAGCUCUCUAGCACUGAGGCCUCAACUAACACUGUCCUGGAACUUAACCAUAGGCCAGCUUUACUAUUCAGUAGGGGCACAACCCUGGUUACCACUAACCAUGCCAACAGCCCUCUACUCAAAAGCUAGAGAGGAGGAUCCAAGGCUCAAGCAUGAUUAAAGUUCCCAAGAAACCAGCCACUGACCUGGUGAAGCAGCAGCCA